GGGGGGCGCGGGGGCGGCGCUGCCGCUCGGCGCUGACAGCCACAUGCCGCCCUGCCUGAAAAGGCUGCGAGGCGCCGGCGGGGAGGGAGAGCGCGGGCAGACGGCGCCCCGGCCCCGGCCCCAGCCCCGGCCCCAGCCCCGGCCCCGGCCCGCACCGCCGCCGCCGCCCCGGGGGAUGCCGAGGCGCCGGCCCCGCGGGUCGCCCUAGGGCAGAGGCGCUCGGCCGCGCCGCCCGCGCGGGAGGCGGCAGGAGCCCCGGCGCUGCCCGUCGCGAGUGGGGCGACCACGCGGCGCGCCCCGGGCAGCCAGCGAGGCGGCGCGGGGGGGGGGGGCGCUUUAUUUCGGUUUUAUCUUUUUUUGACUGUUUCCUCCGAAGCAUGGAUACGUUUCUUCUCGCGUGGGGAUUUCUAGCGCUGUGCUUGCCCGGCUCCGCAGGCGCGGGGGACGCAGCUCAGCCGUGCGGGGGCCGCCUCAACUCCAAGGACGCCGGGUACAUCACCUCGCCGGGCUACCCCCAGGACUACCCCUCCCACCAGAGCUGCGAGUGGGUCAUCUACGCCCCCGAGCCCAACCAGAAGAUCAUCCUCAACUUCAACCCGCACUUCGAAAUCGAGAAGCACGACUGCAAGUACGACUUCAUCGAGAUCCGGGAUGGGGACAGCGAAGCGGCAGACCUGCUGGGCAAGCACUGCGGGAACAUAGCACCUCCUACCAUCAUCUCCUCCGGCCCCUCUCUCUACAUCAAGUUCACCUCGGACUACGCCAGGCAGGGCGCCGGCUUCUCCCUGCGCUACGAGAUCUACAAGACAGGCUCCGAGGACUGCUCCAGAAACUUCACGGGCUCCAACGGCACGAUCGAGUCCCCGGGCUUCCCCGACAAGUACCCGCACAACCUGGACUGCGUGUUCACCAUCAUCGCCAAGCCGAAGACGGAGAUCCUCCUCCACUUCCUCAUCUUCGACCUGGAGCACGACCCGCUGCAGGCCGGCGAGGGCGACUGCAAGUACGACUGGCUGGACAUCUGGGAUGGCAUCCCGCAAGUCGGCCCCUUGAUCGGCAGGUACUGCGGCACCAAGAUGCCGUCGGACAUCCGCUCCACCACGGGCGUCCUCUCGCUGACUUUCCACACGGACCUGGCGGUGGCCAAGGACGGCUUCUCCGCGCAUUACGAGCUGGUCCAGCAGGAAGUACCGGAAAACUUCCAGUGCAACGCGCCGCUGGGGAUGGAGUCCGGCCGCAUCUCCAACGCCCAGAUCAGUGCCUCCUCCACCUACUCAGACGGGCGGUGGACACCACAGCAGAGCCGGCUCAACAGCGAUGACAACGGCUGGACGCCCAAUGUGGACAGCAACAAAGAGUACCUCCAGGUGGACCUGCACUUCCUGACGGUGCUCACAGCCAUCGCUACGCAGGGCGCCGUCUCCAGAGAGACGCAGAACGGCUACUACGUCCGCACCUACAAGCUGGAGGUCAGCACCAACGGGGAGGACUGGAUGAUGUACCGGCAUGGCAAAAACCACAAGACCUUCCAGGCGAACGAGGACGCCACGGAGGUGGUUCUCAACAAGAUCCACAGCCCGGUGCUCGCCCGCUUCGUGCGCAUCCGUCCCCAGAGCUGGCACAACGGCAUCGCCCUGCGGCUGGAGCUCUACGGCUGCCGCAUCACCGACUCGCCCUGCUCCAACUUGCUGGGGAUGCUUUCCGGCCUCAUCCCCGACGCGCAGAUCUCGGCCUCGUCCAUCAGGGGCUACGACUGGUCCCCCAGCAUGGCCCGCCUGGUGAGCAGCCGCUCGGGCUGGUUCCCGCGCGUCCCCCAGGCCCAGCCCGGCGAGGAGUGGCUGCAGGUGGACCUGGGCGUCCCGAAGAACGUCCGGGGCGUCAUCAUCCAGGGGGCUCGCGGAGGUGACAGCGUGACCACCGCCGAGUCGCGCUCCUUCGUGAAGAAGUUCAAGGUGGCCUACAGCAUGAACGGAAAGGACUGGGACUUCAUCCAGGACCCCAAAACGAUGCAAGCCAAGCUUUUUGAGGGCAACAUCCACUACGACAUCCCCGAAGUGCGGAGGUUCGAGCCCGUCCCGGCGCAGUACGUCCGCGUGCACCCGGAGAGGUGGUCCCCCGCGGGAAUCGGGAUGCGCCUGGAGGUGCUGGGCUGCGACUGGACAGACGUGAAGCCCACUGCAGAGACGCUGGUGCCCACCCUGAGUAGCGACCUGACCACCACCCCGUACCCGACUGAGGAAGAGGCAACCGAGUGCGGCGACAGCUGCGGAGAGGAGGAGGAUUUCCACCUGCCUGCAAACUUCAACUGCAAUUUUGAUCUCCCUGAAGACCUCUGUGGUUGGUCACACGACUUGGAAACGGGUUAUACAUGGUCUUUUCAGCCUACGAGCACCUGGAUCGGCAACGCAGAACCAAGCCCCGAGUCCAUGCCUGACGGCAGGGGAUACCUGCAGCUGCAGAGCAGCGGGAGGAGGGAGGGCCAGCGUGCCCGGCUCCUCAGCCCCACCGUCUACCUGCCCCGCAGCGCCGUCUGCAUGGUCUUCCGCUACCAGGCGUGGGGCAGCGGCGGGGUGAUGCUGCGCGUGUGGCGGGAGGCCAGCCAGGAGAGCAAAGCGCUGUGGGUCAUCGCCGAGGACCAGGGGGACGAGUGGCGCGAGGGCCGCAUCAUCCUGCCCAGCUACGACGUGGAGUACCGGAUCGUGUUCGAGGGGCUCAUCCGCAGCGGCCACCCGGGAGAGCUGGCCCUCGACGACAUCCGCUUGGGCACCGACAUCCCCCUGGAGAGCUGCAUGGAACCCAUCACGGCUUUCCCAGGUGAGAACUUCCACCCCCCAGUGAACUUCCCAAGAAUGGAGGAUGACUUUCCCAUCCCCGAGCAAGGUUUUGAAGACAACGACGAUCAUGAUUACUUUGGAUCGGAUAGGAACGACACACUGUUCUCUACUAACUCUCCAGGAACCCCAAAGCUGGACAAAGAAAAGAGCUGGCUCUACACCUUGGAUCCCAUCCUGGUCACCAUCAUCGCGAUGAGCUCCCUGGGCGUCCUCCUCGGGGCCAUCUGCGCCGGGCUGCUGCUCUACUGCACCUGCUCCUACACCGGCCUCUCCUCGCGCAGCUCCACCACCCUGGAGAACUACAACUUUGAGCUCUACGACGGCAUCAAGCACAAGGUCAAAAUGAACCACCAGAAGUGCUGCUCGGAGGCCUGACGGGCCGCCUCGGGAUCUCCCUCAACGCCGCGGUCCGGUGAGGUGGGCUGGUGGGGAUGACUUUUUAUUCUUGCUGUUUUCUACGGGAACUGAAUGCCAUAAUCUCGAGCGACCCGACCGGGAGUAGCGAGGGUGCGGGGCGGCGCUGCUCCUGCCACCGGCCACGACCGCGAGGCCCCGGCCAGCGGGUCGCGGUCGGCGAGGACUGGAUGGGCGUUUUCACGACCUGGACUGUGCGGGGCGAGGCGGGGAGCCGAGACCUUGUUUGUUGGUUCAUCUUCAUUUUCUGCUGGCGUGAGUGGCUGAGCCGUGGCGCGGGAGGAUGGGUUACCCUUCGGAUGUGAGAAACUAGAUGUUGGUUGUUAUUUCCCACUUCCUUUCUCUGAUAAGUUGCUGAGAAGGCUGAGGGAUUUCUUCAGCUGUCCUGUCCUUAGAAAUAACACACACACACACAUACACAGCCCCUGUCCAUUUUAGACCCCCAUCCAGAUACUGUUUUGGCUGUAGGGAUUUGUGCACAUCAUGCUAAACCCAGGAAGCUGCAGUUCCCAGUCCUGCAGAUGGGAGCAGGUUGUUGCCUUUGGCUUUCCUUCUCCUGGCAGGGGGAAGGACACGAUGCAGGUUUGAGUGUCGAUGGCAACAACAGCGCUUUCUGAAGUCAUUAAGAAGCAAAAUGGAAAGGAAACCCUAUGUGUAGAAGCACCUCUUUGAGAGAAGCUGAAGAGCCUUAAAGUGAUUUGUGAAUAAGAGCCAUUUAUUAAAUCCAGAUCUUGGACUGAAACAGCUGAGGCCUUCAUCAGGAAGGCCUUGCUCUGACUCUCCCCACCCCUCUUGAUCCUGCCCUUUUUUCUUUUUUCUUUUCUUUUUUUUUUUUUUUGGUAUAAUGAGAAAAGUGCAGCAAACAAAAGACACGGUCUGUCCGCUUCCCAAAGCUCGGGCUUUUGGAAAGGGGGGCUCCACUAGGCGCUGACCUCGAGGCACACGGCAGAGGCCUCGGGAGCGGAGGGCUGGGAAGACGGACCGCGGCGGGACGCUGAGCCCCUGCACACCGGCCGGGGCCGCUUGGCCCCGCGGUGCUCCCCUCUCCCCACAGCUGCGGGGUCCUGCCAGCGCCGGCCUCUUCUCCCCUCCAGAGCAGAGCUACACUGCUUCGGAUCAGUAGCAAAAACCUGAAAUCUGAUUUAUGAGCUACAUUUUUUGUUGCUGUUUUUUACUUUAAACAAGUGCCUUAGAAGUAUUUUUCCUCCAUCCGAUGAUCAGUGCUGUAUCAGACAAGUGAGGCCUUCAUCCUUCCCCGUCGUUUCGCUGUUCUUCACUGGAUCUCUACUGGGUAGAGCCUCGCUGAAGAAGUCUUAUCCUUCUACUUUCAAGUGGUCUGGCUAUAUUGUCUCGCAGUCGAUACCUCUCCGCCUAGGAGUGUUGUGAAGACAAUUUAAUGGAGAAAAAGCGUUCAGACGCUGGGCCCCAAACGAAUGCCUUCAUUUCCCAUUUAGUACAGGUGGAUUGGCCAAAGCAGCUUGCACAUACAUAAGCGAGAACUUUCCCCGCACAUUGGGUUUGUUUUUUUUCAGGAGCUCUUUGGGAGUACCUGAAAUGUCCUGAUUUUACAUUAGCAAACUAUUUUGGGUUUGGGAUUGAUGGUUUUUUUUUUCCCCUCCUUGCUAACCAUGGAGCGCUGAAGGUGCAGUGUGACGCGGCGUCCAGUUUGCGCAGUCCCUGCAGUAGGUCCUCCAGGAGGGCAGGUGUUUGGGGAGAUGUGAACAUCUGGAGAGGAGAGGAGCGGGGGCAGUGCCGCAGCCGUUCGUCAGGGCACUGGGAAUAGGAAAAGCGUUUGUCUGGUGUUUCAUGAAAAGCUCCAUCGGACAGCAAGCUUUUAGGGGUUAAAAAAAAAAAGCCCUUAUCCACUCUAAGCAACGUGCAUGUGUUACUGCUGAAGCAGAUACUAGCAGCUGUGUCAUCAGCACAUCCACAUUUUCUACACGCAGAGACUCACACACACAAAAUCCUGUGUUUUUUAAUUCUCACUGUGUGCCCAAGAGAGACGGCAGUGGAAGUAUCUCCGAUCCUCCGUGCGAACCACCUCCUUCCUUCUGGCAUUCCUCCCGUACGAAGGGCAUUCGAGGGGGUUCUCACGGCGCGAAGGAGGCGCCCGCGUAAGGCGAAACGUGCCAGACCAUUUCGAAGCCGGAUUGCUGCUACUCUAUGAUCUCACCCCCUCCCAGGCACCCGAGAGGGGAAGGAUGAAUGGAAAAGGACCAUACCGUAGAAAAGUCGACUUAGGCAAACAAUAGGUGAAAGUAUAUAAUUAAAACGGUGACGUUAUGGUGUCUAGUAGGCGUACAGAGAGCAGAGUUCGUAUAUUCGUAUAUCCAGAAGUAGUGUGUUUGCACACGCGCGUGAAUUCGCUGUCUGUAUUGUGUCUGUGACUUAUCCCGUGGGACUGACUCGUGUUCAUGUACCUUUUGACCUGGGGCAGGAGCAUACUGCUGAUCUUGGCGCUAACUCGGCACGGCUUGCCCGUUCCCCGCUGGUUAGUACAGGGACCACGCAUGUGCACUUACCGGGCAGGAGCAGGCCGAAAAUGCUGCAAAGCCGAUACCUCACUUACCUCUGCUGGGUGCUUUACUGUUCUACUACGGAAAACUGUGUUUGAUUGUAACCUUAACAGGGAGAAAAAAAAAAAAAAAAAAACACAAGUCAGUGCAUUCAAUUCAUUGCAUCCUCCUCUGCAACUGUAUUAGGUUCACUGAUCGCAAUUCCCUUUGUGAAAUUCAGAAAAAAGAAAAAAAAGAAAGAAAAAAAGCAGUCAGUGUUAAUGCCGUUGCUGAAAUCUGCUGUUGCCUCCACACCCUGCCGCGGGUGAGGACGCGCUGCGAACAGGCAGGCUGCAAUACGGAGCGAUUUCGCUUGGUGGGAAGGUGCCGGGGGUGAGCAUGGGAAUCAAACCAUUAAGAAAUUAUGUGCAGAAAUGGAACUUCUCCAAGGUCUGCAGUUCGAGGUGUUUGACCGUUCACUGGCUGAGCCAGGACUUAUGGACUUAAAGAGCUUUUACUGUGAUUCUUCAGUGUAAAAAAACAAAACAAAACAAAAAAAAAAUCAAACUGUGUUUAUAUGAUUUGUAUAAAAACCUUUUAAAAUUACUAUUUAAUAAACAUUAUGGUAGAGAUUA